AUGGAGACCACAUUAGGCGAGACGUUCGUCGACAUCUUUAUUCCAUUGUCGGCGGCUCUAGGCAUAGCAUUCGCUCUCUACCAAUGGGGCGUCGUAAGCAGGGUGAAGCUAACAGCGCCGCUGAGCGUGUAUGGCUUGGAGGAUGGACAAGCGGAUAACGUGGAUCAGCAGAUCGCGGAGAUUCAAUAUGCCAUUUCAACAGGAGCGACGUCGUUCCUAACAACGGAGUACAAGUACCUAGCGGCAUUCAUGGCGUUCUUCAGCGUCCUCGUCUUCCUCUUCCUCGGAUCCGUCAACACCUUCAGCACGUCCUGGCAGCCCUGCGAGGACAACCCCUCGCAGCUCUGUGCGCCCUCGCUCGCCAACGCAUUCUUCACAACUGUCGCCUUCAUUCUCGGCGCGCUCACCUCGACGCUCUCCGGAUACCUGGGAAUGAAGAUCGCCACCUACGCCAAUGCGCGCACCACAGUAGAAGCGCGGCGCGGAAUCGGCCCAGCCUUUGUCGUAGCAUUCCGCUCAGGAGCAGUGAUGGGCUUCCUGCUCGCCGCCAACGGACUCAUCGUGCUGUUCAUCACCAUCGUGCUCUUCCGUCUCUACUACGGCAACGACUGGGCGUCGCUCUUUGAGACCAUCACGGGGUACGGGCUCGGCGGCUCCAGCGUCGCGCUCUUCGGGCGCGUGGGCGGGGGGAUCUACACCAAGGCGGCGGACGUGGGCGCGGAUCUGGUGGGGAAGGUGGAGCGGAACAUUCCGGAAGACGACCCGAGGAACCCAGCUGUCAUAGCGGACAACGUGGGCGACAACGUCGGUGACAUCGCCGGCAUGGGCUCGGACCUCUUCGGCUCGUUCGCCGAGUCCACGUGCGCAGCCCUCGUGAUCGCGUCCAUCUCGUCCCUGGGCCAGACGCACAACUUCACGGCCAUGUGCUUCCCUCUCCUCGUGUCCGCGCUGGGCAUCCUCGUGUGCCUCUUCACCACGCUCUUUGCCACCGACUGGUUCCACGUCACUGAGGCCCGCCACGUGGAGCCGCAGCUCAAGGCACAGCUGCUCAUCAGCACCGUGCUCAUGACGCCGCUCGUGCUGGGGCUGUGCUAUCUCGCACUGCCGUCGUCGUUCACCAUUGUGGUGGCGGGGGAGGAGGCGGACAAGACGGCGCAGAACUGGCAGAUUUUUUUCUGUGUGGCCUCGGGGCUGUGGGGCGGGCUGCUUAUUGGCUAUGUCACCGAGUACUUCACCAGCCACGCCUAUUCCCCUGUGAGGGACGUGGCAGACUCGUGCCGCACGGGAGCAGCAACCAACAUCAUCUUCGGGCUAGCCCUGGGCUACAAGUCCGUGAUCAUUCCCGUCUUCGCCAUCGCAGUCGCCAUCUACAUCAGCUACGCCAUCGCCGCCAUGUACGGGGUCGCCCUGGCCGCCCUGGGCAUGCUCUCCACGCUCGCUACUGGGCUUGCUAUUGACGCGUAUGGGCCGAUCUCGGACAAUGCCGGGGGGAUUGCGGAGAUGGCUGGGCUUGGGGCGGACGUGAGGGAGCGGACUGAUGCGCUGGACUCUGCUGGGAACACAACUGCUGCCAUUGGCAAGGGAUUUGCCAUCGGGUCAGCAGCGCUGGUGUCACUGGCUCUGUUUGGAGCGUAUGUGAGCCGCGCAGAGGUCACCAACAUCCUCAUCACCAACCCGCAGACAUUUGUUGGCCUGCUAGUGGGUGCCAUGCUGCCAUACUGGUUCAGUGCCAUGACCAUGAAGAGCGUGGGCAAGGCGGCGCUAGCGAUGGUGGACGAGGUGCGGCGGCAGUUUGACACCAUCCCGGGCCUCAUGGAGGGCACCGCCCGCCCCGACUACCGCAAGUGCGUGCAGAUCUCCACCAAGGCCUCGCUCAAUGAGAUGCUGCCACCUGGCGCGCUCGUGCUCCUCGCACCGAUCAUCACAGGGGUUCUCUUCGGGACGGCAACGCUGGCAGGGCUCCUGGCAGGGGCGCUGGUGUCUGGGGUGCAGAUGGCGGUGUCGGCGAGUAACACGGGCGGCGCGUGGGACAAUGCGAAGAAAUACAUCGAAGCGGGGAUGUCGGAGCACGCGCAGUCGCUGGGGCCCAAGGGGUCAGAGGCGCACAAGGCAGCGGUGAUCGGGGAUACUGUGGGUGAUCCGCUCAAGGAUACAUCCGGGCCGUCACUGAACAUUCUUAUCAAGCUGAUGGCCGUUGAAUCGCUGGGGUCGGAGGCGCACAAGGCAGCGGUGAUCGGGGAUACUGUGGGGGACUUGCUCAAGGAUACAUCCGGGCCGUCGCUGAAUAUUCUCAUCAAGCUGAUGGCUGUUGAGUCGCUGGUGCUGGCGCCUUUCUUUGUGGCGCACGGCGGGCUCAUUUGGGGCAAGUCCAAUCGCCUCGCCCCCCUGCUCGCCCCCCUGCUCGGCCCCCUGCUAGCCCCCCCUGCUGCCCCCCUGCUCGCCCCCCUGCUCGCCUCCCUGCUCGCCCCCCUGCUCGCCUCCCUGCUCACCUUCCUGCUCGCCUCCCUGCUCUCCCCCCUGCUCUCUCCCCUGCUCGACCCCCUGCUCGCCUCCCUGCUCUCCCCCCUGCUCUCUCCCCUGCUCUCCCCCCUGCUCUCUCCCCUGCUCGCCUCCCUGCUCGCCCCCCUGCUCUCCCCCCUGCUCGCCCCCCUGCUCUCCCCCCUGCACGCCUCCCUGCCCGCCCCCCUGCUGUCCCCCUGCUGCACCCCUGCUCGACUUCCUGCUCGCCCCCCUGCUCGCCUCGCCCGCCUGCUCCUCCCCCCCAGACCUGCCUUCCUCAUCUGCCCCUCUUCCUCUCUUCCUCCCCCCUCUCCUCGGCACUUUCCUGCUUUUAUCAUUCAGCCGCUUAAUCUCUCCUUCCGAACCAGGGCAGCCAUAACAGCCUCAAUGGCAGACAGGGCAGCAGAGCUGGCCCCGGCCCCUCAAGGUGCCUCCGCCCCUCUUCGCUCGCUGGCUCCCCACGUUCUUCUGCUCCAAUCAAAUAUCUAUCUCUCCCCCUUCCACUCCCCCUGCAACUCCCCCACCCCCUUCCCCUCCAACCUCCUCUCCCCCUCCUCCUCCCCCUCCCCCUCCCUGUCCCCCCUCUCCUGCCCCUUCGUCUUUGCCAUACUCUUCCUGCUCCUCUCCCCCUUCCUCUCCCCGCCUUCCUCACCUUUCCGUUUCCUCCCCCCCUGCCCCUGCCCUUGCCCCUUCGGCCCCAUCCUGCUCGCUGCCCUCCUCCACAUCUUUCAUUUCCGGCUACUCGCGGAAUGA